AGUCGUCAAGUUCUCGCAGGUCAGUCAGUGCAGACAAAGGACGGAAAAAAGUUUCUACUGUGCGUGGUGUCCCCUCCUCAGAGCCAGCAGAGAGCAUAAUCUCGUCAUCUUUUAGCCCGCAGCGACAUCCAUCUGUCGUCGAAUCCGCAUCGUAAUUUGUCGAAAUCGGUGGAAAAAGUGUUCGAUUCGGUUGGUUUGUGGUUCUAACGGAACGCAGUGGACGGCUUUGGUGUUGUCCUUCGGAAGGUGACACCAGGUUGGGACAGUUUUCAGGGAACAGACGGGACUGUUCAUCAGGUUUGGUGCGGGAGGUCAUUGGCAGAGGGAAAGAGACAGAGAGAAAGAAGCCAAGCAGGGUGAACGAGAAGCACGAAGAAAGUUAAUCGCCCUUCCGUCAUCGUCGUCGUCGUCGUCAACAUCAAGAGGAAAGUUUUCUUUUUCUGGUUCCUCCAACAAGCCCGAAGGGGGACAGUUUCGAGGGUGUCCACGGCAGCAACAGCGGGGACAGCUUUAGACGCAGGAACUAAGAUGACCUAUCGAGAGGCUUCCCACGCCGGGAGUUGGUACACGGAUUCAGGUUCCGAACUGAAUCGCCAAUUGUCCAAGUGGUUGGAUGACGCUGAUUUGACUUUCGGCCCGGCCCGUGCAAUUAUCGCCCCGCACGCCGGUUACCGUUACUGUGGAGCAUGUGGCGCUUGGGCCUACCGACAAAUUAGUCCAGCUGUUGUGAAGCGGGUCUUUAUUCUGGGUCCAUCGCAUCACGUCCGGUUAUCGCGAUGUGCCCUGUCGGCGGCCCAGUACUGUCGCACUCCUCUGUAUGACCUCAAAGUCGAUCAGGAGAUCAAUGCCGAGCUGGAGGCUACCGGACAUUUCAAGUGGAUGGAUCAGAAGACGGAUGAAGACGAGCACAGCAUCGAGAUGCAUCUUCCCUAUGUGGCCAAAGUGAUGGAAGACUUCCGCGACCAGUUCACCAUCGUGCCAAUCAUGGUCGGCUCGAUCAGCAACGACUGGGAGGAAACGUACGGCAAAAUCCUGGCGCCGUACCUGGCCGAUCCGCAGAAUCUCUUCGUCAUCUCGUCGGACUUUUGCCAUUGGGGGGCUCGCUUCCGGUAUACGUACUACGAGGACUCGCACGGUCCGAUCUACAAGUGGAUCGAAGUGCUGGACAAGAUGGGCAUGGACCUGAUCGAAACGCUCAAACCGGAGAGCUUUGGGGAGUACCUGCGAAAGUACAACAACACCAUCUGCGGCCGGCAUCCGAUCGGGGUGCUGCUUCAGUCCGUGGAGGAGCUGAAGCGACGUGGCUACCGGAUGAGCUUUAAAUUCCUCAAGUACGACCAAAGCAAUCAAUGUUGUGAUAAGAAAGACUCCAGCGUCAGCUACGCCUCCGGGUCGUUAAUCUUUGAGUAGAAAGGAGUUGAAACAACUACAUAUAUAAAUGUAUUGCAAGUAAGUUUAGGAAGCACACAUCAAUCGGAACAAAAGCAGUGUUUGUAUGGCAAGAUCAUAAAGAUAAAAGAUAUUGUUUAGGAGCUUGAGAACAAUAAAUCGAAUCAUCAGAGAGGCAUCGAUUUAGGAUCGCGAAAGAAUGACAUUUGGGAAAACAAACUGCGGAUAUGGUCAAGAGAGUUUUAAUAUAUAUACAGUUUCCGUCAAACGAACUCAUAAAUGCUGAAUAAUAUAAAUGAUUAUAUUUACUUUUGUGCGUACCCGCUAGCCGUGUGUAUCCAUAGCAAACAGAAAGUAACAAACUGUGUUUGUCUCAUCCUUGUUUUUAGUAUAGUAGCAGUAAGCAGAAACCCUCUUCCUCUCGGAUGGGCGAAUUUAGAAUAACAAAAUAAGAGCCGGCGUCCAUUUUGUGAGAGUUUUAAGUUACGAGUGUGAAAUCCGAACUAGCCAAUCGAAUUCAAUGUUAUAGGUUGUCGUUCCGUUCUUGUUUAUAUAGGUGAAACACUUUCCACUCUGAAAUGCGCCAAUUACUAGGUUCUCGGUUAUUCGCAAUAUCUCUUCUCGGCCACCUGCAGGGUUGACCCUGCGUAAUAUUACAAAAACCCGCCUUUAUCUUGUAUUUCGAAUUAGUUGUUUGAGUGAAUACAAAUAUUCUUAAUGGAAAA